AUGCCUCAAAGUUCGGAGACGUGUAUAGAAGAUCUGAUGAUGCAAAGUACGAAGAUCAGGUACCACGCCAGAGACGAGAAGGAACCACCCGCUCCACGAUGUUUCCGAGACUGCACAAUUGUUCACAUCCACAUUGUCAUAAGACUCACUGAUUCAUCGUGCGAAUACACGACACCGUCAUGUCUGACGUUCACCGAUUCGAUGAAGACCUCCGAUGCCGUCGUGACAGAAGCAGUAGCUGAUGCCUUAGGCAAUCGGAAUCUUCCUACACAACAUACAGGGAUGCCCGGCGAGUUCUUCAAGACCAGGAGUUCGCCAUCCUACAAGGAUAAAACUUCAACGUGA